AUGAAUUUGGCGUCUGCAUAUACCGUAAUUUCUAACGCUGAUGAAUCUAACUCGAACUUUCAACUAUUUGAAAACGCUGGGGGUGAAUAUAAUGAAAACUGCUUGCCGCUUUAUUGGGAGAAUUUAAACGUGCAUGCAUUAAUUAAAAAAGACAGGUGGUUGCGUUCUAGCAUUACAUCAAGAAAACAAUUGUUAAACAAUGUCGAAGGAUACAUACCACCAUGUUCACUUGUAGCCAUUAUGGGACCAAGUGGCGCGGGAAAAAGUACUUUGAUGGCUGCUCUGGCUAACAAACUUCCAGCUGAGAUACAACUCGAAGGAAGUGUGAAAAUAGGAAAUUUACCAGUAAAUAAUUUUAACAAUCAUAAUUUUGGAUACAUGUACCAACACGAUUUAUUUUGUGGGGUGUUCACCGUCAAAGAACACCUUAACUUCAUGGCCAAAUUAAAAAUGGACAGAAGAACAACGGAAAACAAUUUAAAAGCAAGAGUUUCAGCGAUUAUUGAAGAAUUAGGUCUAAAUCAAUGCGCAAAUACUAGAAUUGGGGCUGUAGGAGAAAACGGAAAGAUAACAUUGUCUGGCGGCGAGAGAAAAAUCGUAUCAUUUGCAACUGAACUUCUUACUGACCCAUCAUUUUUAUUUUGUGACGAACCUACGACCGGGUUAGAUUCAUACAGUGCUCAAAAAGUUGUGAACAUAAUGCAGCGAUUGGUGUCCAGCCAAGGGAAAACUGUAAUUUGUAUCAUUCAUCAACCUAGUUCUGAACUUUUAAGUAUAUUUCAUCAGUUGAUACUAGUUGCCGAUGGAAGAAUUGCUUAUUCUGGGCCACCUAACCAAGCCAUUUCAUUUUUUGAAAGUGUUGGUUUUCGCUGUCCUGAGAAUUACAACUCUGCAGAUUUUAUUAUGAAAAUGUUGUCAGACAAAAAUAAAUCUGUAAACUCAGUUUGUGAUGAAUUUGCAGUUAGUAAACAUUCAGAAUUAAUAAGAAAUGCAAUUUCGAAUGAAAUAUACUAUGAUUCAUCAAGUUUAUCAGUAUUUUGUAAUCACUUAUCGCCAUUUUGGCCGGUGAAACUGUACCACCUGACAAGACGAUAUUUUCUGGAGAAAGUCCGCGACCCCACCAUCGACAUCCAUAGAAUAUUGCAAAAAGUCGGAAUCGCUGUUAUGGUCGGUCUAUGUUACUUAGGCACGGUGCAACAAACCCAAGUUGGCAUCCAGUCGUUUCAGGGUGUAUUUUUCAUGUUAAUAACUGAAAAUUUUUUUACACCAAUGUACUCAGUAAUGAACCAACUGCCUGCAAAAUUGCCCCUGUUUAGGAGGGAAUAUACUUCUGGCCUGUAUGACGCUCCGACAUUCUAUAUCGCCAACAUAAUAUCCUUCAUCCCCACGAUGAUCAUCGAGCCCACGAUAUUCACGAUAAUCAUUUACUGUAUGGCAGGUUUGCAAAAUGAUCUGUUUGUAUUUUUUCUCACGGUAAUCAUCACGAUUCUCGAAAUGGCUGUGUCCACUGCUUGUGGUUACAUGUUCAAUAAUAUUUUUGGAUCUUUAUCGUUGGCGUUAACUUUUGUUCAACCAUUUGACAAUGUUAUCAUGAUCUUGUCUGGAAUAUUUGUGAACAUCAGGAGUAUACCAUGGUAUCUGCACUGGUUAGUAUCAAUAUCUUGGUUUGAGCUUGGAUUCGAAGCGCUUACUAUUCUUCACUGGAAAAACGUGACUUACAUAGCUUGUAGCGAAGAUCUUGACGUACCAUGCCUGAUGAACGGCAAUGAAGUUUUGGAUCAGUAUGAAUUCACAGAAUCCAACCUAAUGCCACAUAUUUAUUCUAUGGUUUGGAUUUUUAUUGGCUUCCAUGCAAUAUCUUUUGUUUGCUUUGUGACUAGAGCUCGUUGGAACAAGUUGUCUUAAGAUGAGAAGUUAAAUAUUUCUUUUUAAUAUAAAAUUUUUUUACAUAAAACAAUAAAGUGCAUUAUUUUAAGCACAUUUUAUUUUUAUAAACUCGUUUGUACUGUUUUUUACUAGUUUUUAAUUUGAAUAUUGUGUUGUAAAAUGAAGAAGCUGCAGUUUAACCUCUUAUUAUAUAAUUUUAAAUCCAAGUAUAGAUAUAUAUAUACAUAUAUAGGGAGGGAUUAUCAUUUACGAAGGGUCAGUUUUGCCUCUCUUGUUCAGGUUUUUAUUUUGACUGUUGCGACAUUUUUAUAGGUGGGAACCAUAGUCCGUUCAUUUUCUCACAUACCGCCACACUGAGUCCCUCACCCUUUUUAGCUUAGAUAUUACGUGCGUUGUGCGUACACGCGAGUGCAGCUGCUUCGUCGAUUUUACUAACAAUCGAAUCUUAGUCCUCGUACUAAUUUUUUUUUUCAAGAGCAGGGUCAAAUAAUAUAUAUAUAUUAUACACUUAUAUAAGGACGUGUAUUUUUAUUUCCUUUAGCGAAUAUUUGAAAUAAUUUUUUUAUGCAUGGAAUAAUGGCAAUACUUCAAACAGAAUAUUACACAUAAUAUAUUAAAAAUAAAUAGAGUUAUUUAGUAACUAAAUACUACUAUAUACUCGUAG